AUGGAAAACGGACAUAUUGAAGAAACUGCUCAAGUUGCUGCCAACGAGGUUAAUCGAACAAACUCUACCAAUGGCGUUGUUCAAAUGGAUUACAAUACCGACUUCCCGACGCUUCCUGAAGCUGGCCCACAAGUCGCUCCGUCUGUUCAGAAGCCGCACGUGUGGGCACGGCCGUCGCUUGCCAAGAAGGACACCACGGUGACGUUCCGCCUCGCUUCUGACGAACGCUCCGUAAACAAGAAAAGCUUUGGAAAUACCAGCGAGGAGCACAAGAAGGCUCAAAACAUUGCCACUCAGACAAAAACUCGCAUUGAACUCUCCGAAUCCAAAGAUGGUGAACUCACUGUUAUCGUGAAAGGAGAACGUAGCAAUGUUGAGGAUGCUCGUGCUCGCAUUGUUCGCGAACUCCAGACUCAGGCUUCUCGCGAGAUUGAUAUCCCAAAAGACCAUCAUCGUCGUCUUAUUGGAAAAGAAGGAGCUAUUUUGCGUCAACUCGAACAAGAAACGAACUGCCGUAUUCAAAUGCCAGGACGCGACGAUUCAUCGUCGGUGAUCAAGAUCACCGGACCGCGAGAAGGAAUUCAGCGCGCCGUUGCUCACAUCAUGUCGGUGUCGGAGCGCGAGUCGAAGCUUGCCACUGAGCAUAUUGUGUGCAAGAAGCAGCUCAUCCCAUUUGUUCGAGGACCAUUCAAUGAGAACUACGAGCGAUUGACGAACGAGACUGGCGUCAAAAUUAACAUUCCACCACCAUCGGUGCAGAGUGAGGUCAUCACGGUCACCGGUGAGAAGGAAGGAGUUCACCGCGCCGCUGCGGAAAUCCGCAAGAUUAUUGAGUCGAAGAAAAAUGUCACCACCAUUAGCCUUCCUGUUGCUCGCUCUCAACAUAGAUAUAUUAUUGGACAGCAACGAUCGGGAAUCCAUGAGAUCCUUCAGAAGACUCGUGUCGCUGUUGAGGUUCCACAAGAGGAUUCAGCUGAGGAGAAUGUAACCCUUAUCGGUGAUCCAGCUGAUCUUGCUGGAGCUCUUGAAUUGGUCAUCAGCCGUGCCAGCUCGGUCAUCACUCAAUCGAUCAAUGCCCCAACUUGGCUUCACAAGCACCUGAUUGGACCAAAGGGAUCAACGCUUACCGCACUUGUUCCAAACCGCAACCUCGUUCAAAUCGAUUUUGAUGAUAAUGGAACAAUCUUCUUCGAGGGUGCCCCUGAAGAAGUGAAAACUGCUCAAGCCGCACUUGCCAAGGAGGUUGCUCGCCUUCAGGCUGAGAUGGCCAUUGAGAAGAUCAAGGUUCAUCCAACCCUUCAUCGUCAUGUUAUCGGACGUGGUGGAUCUUUGAUUUCCAAAAUUAAGGAUCAAACUGGAGUCCAAAUCACGAUUCCGGAUGAGAGCACAAACUCUGACGAAAUCAUCGUUGAAGGAAAGAAGGACGGCGUGAAGAAGGCUGUCGCCGAGAUCAAGGCUAUUGUCACCAAGAUCGAGAACGAGAAGUCGCGCGACAUCAUCAUCCCACAGAGACUCCACAAACUUAUCAUCGGAACAAAAGGAUCUGGAGUGCAGGUUAUUCGUGACGCUCACCCAAAUGUCUCGAUCGCCUUCCCUGAUGCUAAAUCGAAAUCUGAUGUUGUAAACAUUCGCGGAGACAAGAAUGAGGUCGAUGCUGUUUACAAAAAACUUACCAACUUGUCCAAGGAACUCGCUGAGAACAACUAUCAGAAGAGUGUUCCAGUGUUCAAGGAGUUCUUGAAGCAUAUCGUUGGGAAAGGCGGAGCCAGCAUUCGCAAGCUUCGUGAAGAAACCGAAACUCGCAUCGAUUUACCGGAAGCAAAUUCUGGCGAUGACAAGAUUAUCGUUACUGGAAAACAGGCGAAUGUUGAGAAGGCUGUCACUCAGCUCAACAAGAUCCAGGAGGAACUUGCCAACAUUGCCGAAGAGACUUUGGAUAUCCCGCAAAAGGUUCAAGCUCGACUCGUUGGAAAUGGAAGACGCUUGAUAUCUGACAUUGAAGAGGAAUGUGGAGGAGUUCACAUCAAAUUCCCAACUGAGAAGAGCGAAUCGACCAAGGUUGUCGUCCGUGGGCCUGCCAACGAUGUCACCAAGGCUGUUGCUCUUCUCUCUGCUCUCGCCAAGGAUAAGGAAGCUGACCUUGCUGAAGAUACUGUUAAAGCCAAGAGUGAGUUCCAUAAAUUCCUCAUCGGAAAGGGUGGAGCGAAGAUCUCGAAGCUUCGUGAUGCCUAUAAUGUCCGCAUCAUGUUCCCACGCGAAAACGACGAGGAUAAGGAGACGAUCCAUUUGCUUGGUGCAAAGAAUGACGUUGCAAAGACGAAGGCUCAACUCGAGGAGGCCAUCAAGCAGCUUUCGGAGAUCACUGAAGUGAAAUUCGAGGUUGACCAGAAAUAUCACAAGAACUUCUUCGCUCGCGGAGCUGCUCUUAUCAAGGAAAUCCAGGAGCAAAACGGAGGUGUUGUUAUUUCGUUCCCACGCAAUGGUUCCGAAAGCAACGAGGUGUCAAUUCGCGGAUCGAAGCAAUGCGUUGAUGCUGCUCGUGCUCGCAUCGAAGACAUUUUGGAGGAUUAUGAGAAAAAAAUUACCUCCACUAUCGAGAUCCCAUCUCAAUUCCAUAGAGGACUUCUUUCUGGACGCGGUCAGAAGAUCCACGAAAUCCAAUCGAAAUACAAUGUUCAAAUCCGAUUCCCGAACCGUGAUGAGGAAGCUUCUGAUGUUGUGACCAUCUCUGGACGUGAUACUCAUGUUGAGGAGGCUAAGGCUGCUCUCCUUGCUCUUGUCCCAAUCUCGAAAGUCAUUCAACUGCCAAUUGACAUGCAUCGUUCGAUUAUUGGCCGUGGUGGAGAGACUGUUCGCAAGAUGAUGCAAGAUUAUGAUGUGAACAUCACGAUUCCAAAGGACAACGCCAGCGAGGAUAUCACCGUCACCGGACAGCUAGAUAAUGUUGAUCAGGCUUUGGAAGCUUUGCGCGAAAAACUGGCUGAGUAUGAAGCUCAAGCAGAGGAUCGCAAGCUUCGCCAAUGGUCCACAACUCUUGAUGUUCCGGUCACUUAUCAUCAGAAGAUCAUCGGACAACGUGGAGAUACCAUCAAAGCCUUUAAGGAGAAGUACGGUGUCAACAUCAUUGUUCCACGCGAGGAGGGUAAUGAGACCAUCACCGUCCAAGGAUAUGAGGACAAGGCUUUGGCCUGUGUCGCGGAGAUUGAGGCCAUGAUUGCUGAACUCCGCUCGUUGUUCACACAGGAGAUCAGCUUGGAUUCGCGCUAUCACCCAAGACUUAUUGGAGCUCGUGGAAGAAACCUCAAGAAGGUCAUGGAGGACUUCAAUGUCGAAAUUCGUCUCCCACGUCAGGGAGCUCAGGACCCGAACUUGGUUAUCAUUGCUGGAAAGGACGAAAAUGAUGUCUACGAUUGCAUUGACAUGUUGAGAGCUGAAGAGGAGGAAUUCUUGCUUGACAAUGUUGAACGAUUCCAAUACACUCGUCAGCAAGUGACUCAACGCGCUGCUGCUCCAGCCGCUGUUCAGAUCAAGGGAGCCCCAUGGCAAUUGGAUCUUGGAAGCUCUGAGCAAUUCCCGGACAUGGGAGCUACUGGAGCGCCAGCAGCCGCUGUCGGCGGAGCUUGGGGAUCAUCCCGUCGCUGGUAA